UCCCAUUGUUAAACACCUCUAAACACAUAGCUACAGUUCUUUCAGGCACAGGGGUUAUAAUCACUGGACUUAAGUCUUUAGAAACAGAGUCAGUAGAACAAUAAUAAUCUCUUUUACUAGGCAAAUUGGAAACAAAACCCUCCUAAUUCAGCUCUGCUGGAUUGGCGGUACAUGGAACUGAUAUGGAACCUAUAGUCAGUACUAUUUUAGUCUCAGCUCUCUCGGUUCUCAAGAGAGCUGGUGGCAAGAAGCCGCCAUUACUCAUCCCCGCUGUUUGAUCCGGCAGCGUGGUGCAGAGGAAGCCGCUGGGUAGCCGACUCCUCAUUCCCAGCUCACAUUCUGGCCAGAAACAUGGCCGGGCAAACCUGCUGCUGCGGCAGGGUGAUGACUGGAAACCUGGAAGGCAGUAAUGGGGAGGAGCCUCAGGGUGCUGACCUUAAUCGCUGGGAUGCCAGAAAUACAAAACGAAACUGAACUGGAAUACAGAAACCUAAACCAAACACACAGAGAAACACAUAGCCAUGAGGGAGAUGGCAACACAGGACAGAGUGAGACGCAGACAUGAAUGAGCACGAGGGAAAACGAGCGAACAAACCACGGGAGGGAACACAACUGAACAUGAUCUAACUAACCAGACAGACAGCUGUCACAAUAAAACAGGAAACACUGAGACGUAGACUGACACGAGCUUGACAACAGGACAUGGAACAGACAUGAAAACUUAGAACAGACUGGGGAGACGAGAUGGGAAAAAAGGAGAGAAACUCUGGAACAGGUAAGGGAGACAAAACAGAGACACCUCUAAGACUGCAAGAGCAACAGAGAGGUAGAGAAAACACAAGACAGAGGUCGAGCGAGCGAGAGAGGGCGAGGGAGGGCGAGGGAGAGCUGAUGGGCUGGGGAAACAUGGGUAAACAUGCCAGACAGGGGAGACAUGGAAUGAACACAAGGAGGGGGAACUUGACAACAGAAAAGGAAAACAAGACACAAGGAUACACAUAAACAAAAAACACACAGAAGACAAAGACACAAGGGCAACCUAAAUAGACAAGAAACUAAAACAUAGAAUAAACUCAAAAUUACUAAAUAAACCUGAAUAAAGACCAACCAACCAGAAUACAAAAUUGACACCAAAACAAAAGAACUCAAAAACACUUUGUCAAAUGACCCAGGAUCAUGACAGUUACACAUUUUAACACAUUUUUCAGGUCAACAUUCUUGAAUCAGCAACGUUCAUAUGUGCAUCCACCUUCAGCCAACUGGAGUAUGUGUUAAUGUCUUAGACAAGCCCACUCUUUGUUUUCCCUUCUUUUACAUCUACACUAUCUACGCCUCCUGCUUUCAUCUCCCUCUCACAUGCACACCAAAGGUUAUAAAGGUAAUCGCUUUCUGUAAACGCUUCAAACAGAGCCGACUCAAACAACACUGCUGUUGUCUGUCUCAGCUAAAAUGUCUCAAGAUUAUUCUUAUUUUGGAUUCUCUUACAUAAACAGAAAUGCAGAAAAUGAUGCAAAAAACACCACGGCUCUUAAUAAUGCUGCAGAUAUCUCUGUUAUUGUGGUGUACUUCCUGGUCGUCUUGGCAGUUGGAGUUUGGUCUAUGGUCCACACUAACAGAUCCACUGUAGGUGGCUUCUUCCUUGCAGGGAGGAGUAUGGUAUGGUGGCCGAUCGGAGCAUCGCUGUUUGCCAGCAAUAUUGGCAGUGUCCAUUUUGUAGGAAUCGCUGGUACUGGCGCAGCUGCAGGAAUAGCCAUUGGUGGAUUUGAAUGGAAUGCUCUUUUUGCGAUUGUUAUCCUGGGAUGGAUCUUUGUGCCCAUCUACAUUAGAGCUGGGAUCAUCACCAUGCCUGAGUACUUGAAGAAGAGGUUCGGAGGACAGCGCAUUUGCAUUUAUCUCUCUCUUCUCUCCCUUGUCUUGUAUGUCUUCACCAAAAUUUCAGCAGACAUUUUCUCGGGUGCAAUUUUCAUCCAGCAGGCCUUUGGGUUGAAUAUCUACCUCGCUGUUAUUGCACUUCUGGCGAUUACGGCACUGUACACUGUCACAGGUGGACUGGCAGCAGUGAUCUACACGGACACUUUACAGACCUUUAUCAUGCUUAUUGGAUCAUUCAUUCUGAUGGGCUUUGCUUUUAAUGAAGUGAAGGGAUAUGAAAACUUUGAGAAACUCUACAUGCAAGCUAUCCCCUCAAUCACGGGUAACAUCAGUGCAAACUGCUAUGAGCCCCGGCCAGACUCCUUCCAUCUCUUCAGGGAUCCAGUUACAGGAGACCUCCCAUGGCCUGGUCUCGUGUUUGGACUCACUAUUCAGUGCAUCUGGUACUUUUGCACUGAUCAGGUGAUUGUGCAGCGCUGCCUCUCUGCCAAGAGUCUCUCUCAUGUAAAGGAGGUUGUAUCCUAUGUGUACCUGAAGAUACUGCCCAUGUUCCUCAUGGUUUUCCCCGGGAUGAUUAGCAGGAUCCUGUACACAGAUGUGGUAGCAUGUGUGGAUCCAGGAAUGAAAAAACUGUGGGACCAGGUGGGCUGCAGCAACAUUGCUUAUCCGAAACUGGUCCUGUUAAUAAUAACUUCAGUUCUUUGCUUAUUUUCUCUUUUUAUCUGUUACUCUAUUUCAGGCUUGCGAGGUCUUAUGCUGUCUGUGAUGCUGGCCUCUUUGAUGAGCUCCCUUACCUCUAUCUUCAACAGUGCCAGUACUCUCUUCACCAUGGACAUCUACACUAAAAUCCGUCGCUCUGCUAGUGAGAAGGAACUCAUGAUUGCUGGCAGAGUUUUUAUCUUGGCCCUGAUUGGUGUGAGCAUAGCAUGGAUUCCUGUGGUGCAGGCAGCCCAAAGUGGUCAACUCUUUGUCUACACUCAAUCCAUCACCAGUUACCUUGCCCCACCUGUUGCAGCUGUCUUCUUGCUUGCUAUUUUUUGCAAACGUGUCAAUGAGACUGGUGCAUUUUAUGGCCUCAUAAUUGGGCUGUGUAUGGGCUUGAGCAGGAUGAUUACUGAGUUUAUUUAUGGGACAGGUAGCUGUGCUAUCCCCAGUAACUGUCCCACUAUCAUAUGUGGAGUUCACUACCUUUACUUUGGGCUCAUUCUGUUUGUCAUCUCCGGCAUCAUCAUGCUGGCAGUGUCUCUCAUGACCAAACCUAUUGACGACAAGCAUGUAAGUUUUUAAUUUAAGACACCAAGAUACCAAU